AUGCUCGCGAGGCUGAUACUCGGGGUCUUACUGGUGGCCGUGGGCUGUUGCUUCGAUGGCGGCCCGAGUCUCGGUGGUGUUCGCGUCGUCGCUGCCGCGGUGCCGGUGGACAAGGAUGGGCUGACGAAUUUGAGGGGACGCCUGCCAAGGCUCGUCAAUGGACUCGCCGCGGCCGUCGGUGGUACUGGUGCUACUGGUGUUGAUCCUAGUGGUGUUGCCUGCGAAGGGCUGAACUGUGCUCCAAGGAGGAGUAGGGCCUUCAAGGGUGGAGACGUCGAGCGGAUGGGCGGUGAAGGGCAAGUGCAGGGUCGAGACACCGAGGCUGAUGGACAGGGGGAUGAGGCAAUGCUGCAAGAGGAUGGAGCUGAGGGGACUGACGUCGAGGAAGGUAGAGGAAAGGGUGGAGGAGGUUUCGGAGGUGGAGGAAAAAAGAAGAAGGGCUACGGCAAAAUGCUGAUGAUACUGGGUGGCAUGACGAAGGCGGUCAUGCUCUACAUUAUGAUCCACGCUGUGGCGCUGCUGGCCGGAAAAGCUCUGGUCAUAGCGAAACUCGCGCUCGCAAUCGCCACGGCUCUUGCCUUGAAAAAAUCUGACACACAAGAGGUACAUGUCAGUGAAAAAGCACUCACCCUUCCAGAUCACAAGACCACGUCAUACGAAAUCGUCAAGCAUCCGCACUACAGCCACAGCUCGAGCGUCGACUACGAUCAUGGGGGUGGAGGUGGUAGCUAUGAGGGCGGCAACCGGCGACGGCGAAGAGCGCGCCGAUAA